GGCCCCUCCCGGCGCGGUGGGAGCGACCGGCGCGGCCCGAGCGGCACCGGCACCUGCCGCCGGCCCGGCCCAGCCCAGCUCGGCCCCGCGGGGCCCCGAUGAUGCUGGGCGCGCGGGCGGCGGAGGAGCAGCAGCAGCGCCCGAACGUGCGGCGGCCGCUGCCGCCCCAGUGACGGCCCCGCCAUGUCGGUGAUGGUGGCGAGGAAGAAGGUGGUUCGGAAAUGGGAGAAGCUGCCGGGCAGGAACACCUUCUGCUGCGACGGCCGUAUCAUGAUGGCCCGGCAGAAGGGCAUCUUCUACCUGACACUCUUCCUCAUCCUCGGCACCUGCGCCCUCUUCUUCGCCUUCGAGUGCCGGUACCUGGCGGUCCAGCUGUCCCCGGCCAUCCCCGUGUUUGCAGCAGUUCUCUUCCUGUUCGCCAUGGCCACGCUGCUGCGGACGAGCUUCAGCGACCCUGGCGUGAUCCCGAGGGCCCUGCCCGAUGAGGCAGCCUUCAUUGAGAUGGAGAUUGAGGCCACCAACGGGACCGUGCCGCAGGGUCAGCGCCCGCCCCCGCGCAUCAAGAACUUCCAGAUCAACAAUCAGAUUGUGAAGCUCAAGUACUGCUACACGUGUAAGAUCUUCCGGCCGCCCCGCGCCUCGCACUGCAGCAUCUGCGACAACUGCGUGGAGCGCUUUGACCAUCACUGUCCCUGGGUGGGCAACUGCGUGGGAAAGAGGAACUACCGCUACUUCUACCUCUUCAUCCUCUCGCUCUCCCUCCUCACCAUCUACAUCUUCACCUUCAACAUCGUCUACGUAGCACUGAAAUCUCUGAAGAUUGGGUUUCUGAACACGUUGAAGGAAACCCCAGGGACUGUACUGGAGGUGCUCAUCUGUUUCUUCACGCUGUGGUCGGUGGUGGGGUUAACUGGGUUCCACACCUUCCUGGUGGCACUGAAUCAGACAACCAACGAAGACAUUAAGGGGUCCUGGACUGGGAAGAACCGUGUGCAGAAUCCCUACAGCCACGGCAACAUAGUGAAGAACUGCUGCGAGGUGCUCUGCGGGCCCCUGCCCCCGAGUGUCCUGGACAGACGGGGCAUCCUGCAGCAGGAGGAGAGCACAGCUCAGGAGGGGUCGUGCCCGCGGGGACCCGGCACGCAGGAGCCCCCGGCCAUUCAGGGCCCUGGGCAGGCCCAGGAGGGUGGCAUGAAACAGCAGGAUGGCAGCAUUCUUCCCCCCAGUGCUGUCCCUGCCCCGUCUGUGAGUGACACCGAGAUGCCAGAGGAGAAGCAGCGAACGCCUGGGGAGCUCCCGGUGCCCUCCCUGGACGCUGGGCGAGCGGAGCACUAGCAUCUGCUUGGAAGGGAGAACUUUGUUGUUUUGUCUAAUCAAAGCUGGAAGUGGUGGAGGAGAGGAGAAGGGCUGGAUGGCAGGCACCUGAUUCCCCAUGGCCAUUUUGCUUUAGUCAUUACUCACCGCGGUGCGGGCAGCGCUGGCCUUGCGCGGUGGCACCCCCUGCUCACCGUGGGGCACUGCCAGCACCAGGUCUGCCUGGGGCCGGGCCUCUGGCUCUGUGGGCUGUCCUGGGUGCUCCGUCCCAGCUCAGGGCUGGGGCUGUCCCUCCGCCCGGGCCCAGCUCUGACAGGGUGAGGCUGUCAGGGCCAGCCUGCGCCCUCCUGCUGAGGAAUCCCCAAGGACGGGGAAAGCAAUCGUGGCAGCAAGGUCCUCUCUCCCCUCCUCCCUCCUUCCUCUAAUCCGUGGCGUUGUUUUGUGGUUGGCGUGGCAAGGCUUGUCAGGAGACGUUUUGGUGCCCCAAGGACCCAAACAAGUGGGAAGGAGUUCUGCUGGCAGCGGUUUUUAGGUAGCUGUCUUCCUGUGCUCCUUUCCGUGUGAUGUAACAAGGCAGCAGCUGUGAGGGGACCCUCCUUCCAUCCUGCCCUGGUGCUCACACCACCCUGGGCUUCGAGGGAGGGAGAAGGCAGCCAAGGUGGACAGCUGCAGGGAAGGGUCUGCCUGUGCCACUGGCUCCUGGCUGGUGCUGGGGCUGCAUUUGUUUCUGGGUGUCUGGUUUCUGCAUUGAGCCCUCCCCAGCAGCUCUGCAGAACCUCAGCCCCAAUCUGUGUUGUGUCAUUGCAUCCCCAUGUCCCCCCCUUGCCUUGCUCUGCUGUUCUCAGCUAUCCUAGACUGGCUUUAGGAGCCUUGGAUCUUCCCAGGAUUGUACCAGCUGCUCAGGGCUGGGCUUGUGUGUCCUCAACAGAGGAGGAGAGGCUGGGGGGAUGGUGGGAGAGCUCUGUGCCGUGGCAGGGCUCCCCCACUCCACAGUCCCUGUCCUGCCCUGGCAGGACCCUCACGCCUCUGGGAUCCCUGCAGCCGUUCUGUGCCCGGGCAGCUCCGCGUCCCUUGUCACAGUGCUGGGCACUCAGUUCCUCCCGGCAGGUGUGUGGUGGCUGCUGGGGGGCGUCCUGCCGGUCUGUGUGUCCGUGAUGCUCCUGGCUGGCAGUGAGGGGUGUGGUGUGAACGUGGCACCGCACUGCCCCCUCUCCCGCGGUGCGGGGCCUCUCCUCCUGGGUGAGAGGGCAGAGCUGCCACAGCUGCUCCCAGCUGGAAUGUGGCUGGGAAGGAGCCCCGGCCGCCCUGCCACGGCCCCCAGCCCCAUCCCGUUCCAUCCUCCGGGGACAGGGCUCCUGUGCCCCACCCUGUGGGAGUCGCCCCAACACGCUACUGACCAAAACUCCAAUUCGGCGUGAAAAAGUGUGUAUUUUGGCUUUGCUGCUCCCUGUUCCAUGAGGUGUGUGGAGUGCUGCCUGCCGGGACCUGCCUGCACGGGUCAGGGUCUCCAGAAGGAAGGAAGGGGACUGGGUGAGGGCUGGGUGUUCUUUAUUUUUUUCUUAUUAUUUUUUUUAAUUUUAAAACAAUGAAGGAAACUUAAUUGGUUUGAAAAUG